AACAAAACUAACCAUGGCAUGGCUUUGGACAACACUUGCUGUGUUUGCAGCUGUGUCUCUCAUUCAUGGCCUUGUAAAGAAGAUGAAAGCCAAGAAAUUACCGCCAGGUCCAAGAGGGCUUCCCAUUUUGGGACACCUUCACUUGAUGAUUGGUAAAAAUAAUCCCCAUCGGCAUUUGAACAAGCUAGCCAAACAAUAUGGUCCUAUAAUGUAUUUGCGAUUUGGGUACGUCGACAAUAUUAUUGUUUCAUCUUCUCAGGCUGCAGAGCUCUUCCUCAAGACUCAUGAUCUUAUUUUUACAAACAGACCACCCAAUGAGGCAGCUAAGUAUAUAUCUUAUGAUCAAAAGAAUUUGAGCUUUAGCCACUACGGUCCUUAUUGGCGCAACAUGCGCAAAUUGUGCUCAUUAGAGUUGCUUAGUAAUCAUAAGAUCAAUUCAUUUCAAGCAGUGAGAAGAGAAGAAUUGUGUUAUCAUAUUGAGUCACUCAAGGAAGCGGCUCUGAAUCAUGUGCCUGUUGAUUUGAGUGCUAAAGUUUCUGAAUUAGCUGCAGAUAUAAGUUGCAGGAUGGUGUUUGGGAAGAAGUACGAGAUUAAGGAUAUUGAUGAGAGGGGUUUUAAAGCUGUGAUUAACGAAGCUACACAGCUAGUAUUUAAGCCAAAUCUUGGAGAUUAUUUUCCUUAUCUUGGAAAGCUUGACCUUCAAGGACUCACUGCACCAACCAAGGCCAUUGCCAAAGUCUUUGAUCGGUUCCUUGAGAGGAUCCUUGAUGACCAUGAACACAGUGGAAGCAGUGGUAAGAAGACAAAGGAUUUUGUAGAUAUCAUGUUGUCCAUCAUGAAGUCUGAAAAAAGUGAAUUUCAGUUCAAUCGUCAACAUAUCAAAUCUGUUUUGUUGGAUAUGCUUGUGGCAUCAAUAGAUUCUUCAGCAACCGUUAUUGAAUGGAUAAUGUCAGAACUAUUGAGACACCCACAUAUAAUGAAGAAUGUUCAACAAGAAUUAGAAAGUAAGGUAGGUUUGGAUCAGAUGGUGGUGGAAUCAGAUUUGGAUGGCUUGAAAUAUUUAGAAAUGGUAAUUAAAGAAUCAUUUAGACUUCAUUCUCCAGGACCGUUACUUAUUCCUCGCGCAGCAAGGGAGGAUUGCAUAGUUGACGGCUUUCACAUACCAAAAAGAGCACGAAUUAUUGUAAAUGUUUGGGCAAUUGGACAUGAUUCAAAUGUUUGGGUUGAUCCUGAUAGAUUCAUUCCAGAGAGGUUUGAAGGGAGCAAUAUAGACUAUAGAGGGUGUAAUUUUGAACUCAUUCCUUUUGGUUCUGGUAGAAGAAGUUGUCCAGAUUUACAACUUGGAAUGGUUGUGGUUCGACUUGUGGUGGCACAGCUAGUAUACUGCUUUGAUUGGGAACUUCCUAAUAGCAUGUCUCCCAAGGAGUUGGACAUGACAGAGGAAUUUGCUCUUGUGACAACUCGUGCUAAGCACUUGGUGACUAUUCCCAACUAUCGGUUAAAUAUUUAAGUGAAUGAGUGUUAGAAUGCUGCUUUCUUUAUAUAUAUAUAAUAAAUAAGUAAAAUACCAAAUUUAUUGUAAUGCUGUCA